AUGGCCGGGCUACAUCGCGUCACACAGUUUCUCGGGCUUCUUGGCACUUUUGGAGCUCUGUCUACGGUCACUACUGCUUCGCAGACGUAUCCUGACACGGAUGUGGUUAUCGUCUCGAACAACGACCUGAACCCAUCGAACCCGAACCGUGCUAGUGCUCUGUAUCUCAAGAGCGGCUUCACAUGUACGGAAGCAUACGACGCUUGCUCGCAGUUCCAGGAGACCCUACUCCUGGCCCCCAAUAGUACAGGGCUUACUGCAGCCAAUCUGUCUGUCGCGUUGACCUCAGAAAAGCAUGGAGCGGCCUUGGACACCACCCAACCUAUUUGGAUUGCUGGUAGCGGUACGCGUUGUAAGAGCGUCGCCCAGGAAGUGCUCUAUGCUAAACCUUCGCCAACAGACUCAACAGAAUGCGCUGUAUUCACGCCAAGCUACCAAUAUGCGGGGGAAUACCAGAUGGAUGCCAGUGCUGAUGCCAACGAGUUACUCCCUGUCCUUUGCACCAACUCCGCACCUCUGACUCGGUCCAACGUGACUUCAUAUGAUACAACACGUCAAAUCCGACUUACUACUCCAUCGGCUGGUGUCUUGUAUGGGUACCGGGACAAGUUCACCUAUCGCUUCCUCGGCAUAAAAUACGCUGACUCGACAGCCGGAGAAGGGAGGUUCCAACCUCCCACCGCGUACGAGGUGGAGCCCAGUACGGAAAGGUCUGCUGUGGCGUACGGAACCAUGUGUGCUCAGCCACCAGAUGCGGACAAUGGCCACCUGUUGUACACAGACGAAGACUGUAUGUAUCUCAAUGUCUUCACUCCUGUUGUUAAAUCUGGAACCGUGGAGAUGGGGUUCGCGCCGAAGCUGCCUGUCAUGUUCUUCAUUCACGGUGGCGGUCUGAACACUGGCGAUAGCGGACCAUUCCCCUUCAAUAUGACCACAAGUGGGUUCGUUGGGAACUCUAUUUCCAAUAUAUACGACGGCACCAACUUGGUCUCGUAUGGCGGAGUUGUUCUUGUGACCAUCAAUUACCGCUUGACGGCUUUCGGCUGGUUCAAUGCAUCGAAUGCUGCCUUAAAGGAUGCGCUCCUCGCUUUGCAUUGGGUGCAAGAUAAUAUCGAGGCAUUCGGUGGCGACCCCACGAAAGUCCUCAUAUAUGGAGAGUCUGCCGGUGGCACUAUGACAAGGUACCUGUUGGGAACCAAUCCUGCAUAUACCGACGGCUUGUUUAGCGCCGCGGUGCUGGAAUCAGAUUUUGGACAGGGAGAUCCUUUCCUCGUCCCUGUCUUGGCGAACAACAACUCCCUAAAGAUUGCGCAGUAUCUUGGCUGUGCGGAUAACUCAUCAACUACAUUCACUGACACCAUGGCCUCCUGCGUCCAAGAUCAACCGGCUGGUGACAUUGCGAUGGCUUCUUACAACAUGGGUCUAUCUUGGAGCAUUGCCAUCGACGGGGAUUACGUACUGAACGAUAUCGCCAGCAGUAUCAUGGAUGGCCUCUAUGCGCGGGUGCCAACCAUCUGGUCGAGCAACGACUGCGAAUAUUGUUACUUCCUCCCAACCACCAUUGCGCCGAACUCGUCUGCGUCCGUUUUCCCAGACAAUCUAUCGAUUACGUUCAACAGCACCCAGGCGCAGCGCAUUAUGGAAGUCGCGAACACCACAGACCUCUGGCCAUACCAGACGGCCCCCGCAGAGGACGGCAUAUCCGGCGCUGUCCUCCAGCUUGCGCACCUGAUCACCGACUGGGAGGUCCACUGUCCUAUGGUCUAUCUCUCCUCCCUUGAGACGAACACCACAAACCCCGGCAACUCAUACAAGGUCGUGUUCACCGUUGGCCUCGGUUCUCCGCUCACGCCGAACCCUGCCACCUGCCCCGGGCAGGUCUGCCAUGCGGACGAGUUGUACUGGGUCUUCGCUACUGCUGAGACCGACAAUCUCUAUCAACCCUUGACAGAGAGCCAGGUCAUCACGACGCGGGAGGCCAUCAACCGAUGGACCUCGCUCGCUUGGAACGGCAAUCCGAACUACGAAGGCGCUGUGGUAGAGUGGCCGCCUUACACGGGCGACAACGAAGUCGUCAUCAACGCGACAGCAACGGAAACAAUCGAGCCGUAUCGCGUAGCUCAGUGCGAUUUCCUCGAGAGUCAGCUGGGAUUAGUGUUCGGGGAGCACUAUGUUGGUACCACCGCCAAAAUCGCAUGUGGACUUAGCAUUGGGAGUCUCGUCAACUUAUCGGACAAGCACGCAAAAUUAUUCCUAAGAUGGACGGGACCGUCCAGCGAACCCGACCAUGCUGUAUGCUGGGGGAGCCGGCGUCAAGAGCUCAGUUGCUACGAGUUGGCCGGAGAACUGAGCAAAGCCCGUCAUCAUUCUGCCUAUCUUGUACACGGCACGCGUGGCGCGUGGGGCGCUGUGGGCUGGCAAUCCACUGUCAGAGGGUUCAUCGUCUCUCGUCGGACCGGGUCCUAUCACCGGUUGGCUGUGAUCAUGGACAAGUCGAGCGACGGCGGCCGGUGCAGUCUGAGAAUCCGCUUCUUCUUCGAGCCCUGCUCACCCGCUGCGGCACCAGGGGACACGGGGGUCGUCGCCAAAGUAGCAGAUGGCGGGCUCACGGACAACUGGAGGGGCCGUGGGGUGAAGGAAGCUGGCGGGCGCUCGAAGGAGGGGCGAGGAGCAGUAUUCGGUGCUACACCGCUGGCUGCACCACUCCUCGGAGAGGCUGGCACUGCAGAGAGUUGGAACUGCCGGGGCGUGAAGGGUGCUGGCGACCGAGGACGAUCGAUAGAUGGACGUGGUCGGUCGAGCGAAGGACGCUGCUUGUCGAGGGAGGGGCGCGGCCUAUCGAGCGAAGGACGCGGCCUGUCGAGGGAGGGACGUGGUCUGUCGAGGGAGGGGCGGGGACGCUCCAUAGACGGGCGCGGCGUGGCCGGGUCUGUCUGGAUGGGCAGCGCAGCAGUCGGAGGCGUCGUGGAACCCGGGGCGGCCUGCUUCUCAAGAUCACGCUCGCGCGCCACGACCAUGCGCUUGGAGAACUCGGUACGGAGGCGGCUGCGCGCAGACUUGAGCGCGUUACGGCGGCCAGUCUGCGUGGGCGAGGGGGGCGCGCUGCCAAGAGACCGGCGGACGGCAAACCAAUCAUACUCGCCCACAUUGGACUUCCACACGAGCGGGUCAUCGCCUUGGUGCAGGAUGGCCACCACUGCGAGGACACAGAGAUAG